AUGGCGCCCCUCACAACAGGCGCUCGUACGCUUUCAUCAUCCACGCAUUCUCGAACCCUGCUUCUAACAUUUGACGCGUUCGGCACCCUUUUCUACCCAAACCCCCCCGUCCCAGAACAAUACGCGACCGUCGCCCACGAAUUUGGCCUUUCUCGGAAUAUCGUCACCUCCCAAAAGAUCAAGGAAGCCUUCAAGGACGUAUAUCAAGCUCAUACGAAACUCUGGCCAAAUUAUGGACGAGCUGAUGUACUCCGUGGGAGAUAUGGCGGGCCAAAACAAUGGUGGGGGGAAGUCAUACGAGAGAGUUUCACGCGUGUUUUGGCAUCGGAUAGUAGCCAGCCACUUGAGUUUCCGUCGGGGAUGGUGGACGUGUUGCUUGAUAGGUUCGCCAGUGACCAAGGAUACGCGCUCUACGAAGAUGUUAUUCCCUUUUUCACGCGCAUGCGUGAGCUGAGGAGCUCUCCGACACGUCGAUUUGACCGUAUUCUGCUAGGCGUAGUGUCUAAUUCGGAUGAUCGCGUUCCUUCUGUGCUCAAGGCACUGGGACUGCGGAUAGGAGAUUUACGCGCAGAUCAAGAUCUCUCGAGUAUGGAGCUUCCGGGGUUCGAGCAGCGAGAUGGACCUGGACCCGGCAAGUCGCUUUCUUCUGAUCUGCCAGAUGUCGACCUUGACCUUGUAAUUACCAGUUAUGAAGCUGGCGAAGGGAAGCCAAACCGACUGAUCUUCGAUGUUGCGAAAAGGCAAGCUCGUUUAUUACCUAGAAAUCAUAUACCGAACCAACCACCCGGUUCGAAAAUGGAUAGGGAAGAUGACUGGGUUUGUAUACACGUGGGCGAUGAAUAUGAGAAAGAUUAUAGAGCGGCACGAGAUGCCGGGUGGGAGAGUUAUUUGAUUCCUCGAGGGGAUAGCAAUGCUCCUCCCGCGAAAAUGAUCAACUCCUUGAUGGAUUUGGUUGAAAUACUCGAUCUCGGGCAAAAAUUCACCUAG